AGAGAACGAGAGGGCGAGCGAGCGCGGCGCUCCCGGGCCGGCUCGGCCCCCUCCCCUCACCAUCGCCGGCCCUUCGCCGCCCUCCUCCGCUUCCACCCCCUCUCCCCUCCCCCCCCCAGUCAAGUUGAGGCCCCCUCCGGGGGGGGGGAGGCCCGGGACCGGGAGCGAAUUCCCCUAACUCCCUCGGCCCCUCCCCCCACUUGGCCCGAGUGUGAGGAAAAGGGCCCGGCCCGGCCCGCGUCGUGUGUGAGGAGGACCCGGGCGGGCCCACGGGCCGUCUGGGGCCUGGUCCGGCCCGCCGGGUGUGUGAAGACAGGGGCCCGGUGCGGCCCGGCGGAGGGCGAGCGGAGGGGAGGGGCCUCGUCCGGCCCGGCGGGUGCGAAAGGACUGGGGCUCCGGCCCGGCGCCGCCGCCGCCGCCGCGAUGGCCCAGCAGCAGAUGACCAGCUCGCAGAAGGCCCUGAUGCUCGAGCUGAAAUCCCUGCAGGAGGAGCCGGUGGAGGGCUUCCGGAUCACCCUGGUGGAUGAGUCCGACCUCUACAACUGGGAGGUUGCCAUCUUCGGACCCCCCAACACCCUCUACGAAGGCGGCUACUUCAAGGCGCAUAUUAAAUUUCCUAUUGACUACCCAUAUUCACCACCUACCUUCAGAUUCUUGACCAAAAUGUGGCACCCCAACAUUUAUGAGAACGGAGAUGUAUGCAUUUCAAUUCUUCAUCCGCCUGUAGAUGACCCACAGAGUGGAGAACUGCCCUCUGAAAGGUGGAAUCCUACUCAGAAUGUCAGGACUAUCCUGUUAAGUGUAAUCUCAUUGCUCAAUGAGCCCAACACCUUCUCCCCAGCCAAUGUGGAUGCUUCAGUUAUGUUCAGGAAAUGGAGGGACAGUAAAGGAAAAGACAAAGAAUAUGCUGAAAUCAUUAGGAAACAGGUUUCAGCCACUAAAGCCGAAGCAGAAAAGGAUGGAGUGAAGGUCCCCACAACCCUGGCGGAAUACUGCAUCAAAACUAAAGUGCCUUCCAAUGACAACAGCUCAGAUUUGCUUUAUGACGACUUGUACGACGACGACAUUGAUGAUGAAGAUGAGGAGGAGGAAGAUGCCGACUGCUAUGAUGAUGAUGAUUCUGGGAACGAGGAGUCGUGACGUGCUCCUUCAGUGCCCCGUACUGCCCUGCCGUCUCAGGCCAAAGGGAGGGGAGCAAGUGGGGACCUAGCAGUGGCCCCUCGGCAAAAACCUAUCACUGGGGGUGGGAAAAACAAACACGGCUCCUGCUGACUCCCCUUAUGGAUCUCAGUUUGCUCCUUUUUAUGGACCUCUUAAUGGAGAGAAAGUAUCCUCCACAGAAUGUCUGAAUUCUUGCAUUCUUUACCCUUCCAUCACUGUAUUGAUUCUUUUUUUCUUCUUCUUUAAACCCAAACUCUCGCCUCACUUCGUCUCUACAGAGUGUUCACAGCAAAACACGUUUGGUCUGUUUUUAGAUUCUUGAAGAAUUAAAUAGUCUUUCAUCAAGACGUUUUAAUGUGUUUAAAGCUGGGAACCCAUUGGAAGUUCACAAGUGCUGCAUAUGCUGAGUAGCAAAAGAAAAUGGAAAAAAAAAAUAAAAACCCCACAAAACUAACUUAAAAAAAAAAAAAAAACAAAUUUGCCAAGGUUUAGCUGCUCAUUUAGUGUGUGUGCAUUCGAUCAGCCCCAUGGUGGUGAAUUUUGUUUCCUUUCCCUUAAGGCUGGGAUACAGUGGGCAUCAGGGACUUUGUGCUAAGCCUGAUGAAAAUGUGUUUCUAAGGGCACAGAGCCCCUUCAGCCUCCAGGACAUCAUCUUAAUACAGGGGGCCUCAGCUACCCUGAGGAGAGAGAUCAGAUUUUGUUUUUUGAAAUCGAUUGGGAUCUAAAGCCUGAAAAUAAAUAUUCAUACUUUACAUAGAAUUGAGCACUUGAUUGCUAUUUAUUUUAAAAGACAGAGUUGUUACCCUCCCUUGGGGAGAGAGUGGAGGGGAGUGUGUGUGUGUGUGUGUGUGUGUGUGUGUGUGUGUGUGUGUGUGGAGUCUUAGUGAUGGGAACAAGGAGUUUAAAAUCACUAUGCCAAUUUUGGUUGAUGCUGCUGGGGAAAAAAA